AUGAAGUCACUGCGAUUUCUCGCUGCUGAGGGCUUCAUCCAGAGUGGUCCGAGUGCUCUGGAGAACCUCAGCUGUGUGUCUUUUAACCUUUACCCACUUCUCUUCAAGGCCUGCUAUCUCCAUGAGCAGGCUGACUUCCUGCAUGAUUUGGUUCAGUCAUGGCCGCUUCCUGAGCUUAACCUACAGAACCUCCUGGGAAAGACAAUGGAUUGCCAGAUGGACCUCACCACGCGCACCUGCCGGCUUUGUCUGGUGGCAAUUCUAACUGGUUUAAAGGAUUAUGUGCUGUCUCCUCCAAAGACCUACGCCAAGAACCUGCAUGUGGUGGAUCUCACUGCCCUGAAGGAUGUUGAGCACCAGGCCUGCCCCUGUCAGUGUACCCUGGGUCGAUGGGGAAGGACCCAGCUCCUGACCCAAAUGUGCUAUGAGACCAUGGUGGCCAUGCAAGCCACUGACGUGUGUCAAUCUGCCUUUGAAACAUCUAUUGACGUCCGUCUGAAUGGCUUCAUCACAGGCCGCAACUAUGAGCUGGUGGCUCAGGUCUUCCUCCUCCUCCGCUACUGUCCACUGAAGCUUCGUUUCGUUGGUUUUCGGGCUGAUUCCCUCGCUCUCAAGCAGCUGUUCUACAUCAUUCGCCUAGCAGAGCCCGAGUCCAUUUCAAAGCUAGAGGUGGUCCACAAUGUUCCCCUGGAGGCCAUACACUUGGAGGUGCUGCUGUCCAGGGUGGAAUUCCCCAAAUUACAGUCUUUGACCCUGCCGGCUGGGGCAUUGGAUGUUAGGAGGCUGGGCUCUGAUGAUGAGGAUCUGCUGGCCACCAUCGGCAAUCUGCUGGCACAACUGAGCAGCCUCACUGAGCUCUAUGUGGGGUUCUCCACUCUAACUGGACACCUGCGCAGGCUGCUCAAUCCUCUCAACACUCCACUGCAGUGCUUGGAGUUGGCCAACUGCAGUCUGAACCGCGUGGACAUGACAUACCUUUCCAACAGCCUCCACAGCGAGGCCCUGGUCCGCCUGGACAUCAGCGGACAUGACAUCUGCGGCUCUUUCUCCACCAGUUUCCUCAAACUGCUCAGCCGUUGCUCAGCCACACUGGCCAGCCUGGCCCUUGAAGAAUGUAACAUUAAGGACGAGCACAUGGAUGCCUUCACUAAUGCUCUGACUAGCUGUCAGGUGCUCGAGGAGCUCAAACUCCUGGGAAAUCCUCUGACCUCUGCAGCCCUGCGGAGGUUAUUCUCCAUGCUAUCUGCAGGCUUUCCGAAGUUAAAGUACAUAGAGGUACCAGUUCCACGUGAGUGCUACUCUGAGGAUGUCACUUAUCCUCUUGAUGAUUCCGUCCUUCUGCGGUACAACAAGGACUUGUUUCAGGAGGUCAGGGACCAGCUGAUCGGGAUCCUGGAAGGAGCUGGUAGAGGGAGUGUGGAGGUGUGCACCCCGCUCAUGGGGGCCUACGACCCAGACAUUCGUGAAACCAGCAAUGAGCUGGGAGUGUCCAUGUUGAAAUCUUUUAACAAUGUUAUUGGGAACUUUAUAGGAACCAUAACUGAUGUGGACAACAGGAGAUCACAGGCUCAGAAAGAUAAUUAAGGAGGAUGCCAGUGUAAGGAUCAAGGAAAUGGGCUGACAGAAAGGGGUCAUGAACUGAGAUUGUUUACAUGAGUCUCAACAUUUCUGUAAAGCAGACCUGACUCUUCUAGCCUUACAAAAAUGUUCAUACUUAUGUUGACCAUGAGUGACCUCAACGACAAUUUCUUGUUUUUCAAGGCUGUCUUCUUAGGCUAAAUUAGACAUUUAUAUUCUAAUGUAGUGCUAGUAAAUUAGCUAGCAAACUGUCAGCACAUGGACUUGCCAACAUUGUUUUAGACAUUUUUCUUUUACCAGGAUGUCAACAGCAUGACACACUCUAUUCUCUCUCUGACUGGCUUACCCUAACCAAUGUCACACCUCAUGCCUGAACCUAACCACCCCAACUAACACAAACAAGUUUUAGCUAACCAGAGGCACAUUAAGGUGGAUCAUGACAUGCAUUAAGGUUGUGCUCUAUGCAUGAGCUAAAGCCAACAGAUCUAGUAAAAUGCAUUUGUUUAACUAUGGAUUAACAUCAUAUACAAGACCUCCAUCAUUGAUGUGAUGUUAACUGCGGGUCUUUAUUCUCUUUAGUUCUGCCUACAGACUGUAAGCCAAGCAGAUGUGCAGUGCAGACAGAUGUAGUGGGUUGCAAGAUACUGCACUUGAAGUUUGCCAGGGAUAUUGUCUUACCUGUAUCUAUUGUACAUGUUCUUAUGUCUAUAUUCUGGUUUAAAUGUUGUAUAUAACUGGAUUUGUAAAUGUAAACAGCACACAUUUGGAACGAGGCAAAUCUGGAUUUAGCAUGUUGCAAUUUUGUCACAAUAAUUAAUCAAAUCUUCAA